UAACCUCUUUUGGUCGUUAAAUAACGUGGUUGGUUAAGUGAAUAGAAAAAUAACAGAUUUUUGAUUAAUUUCUGCAAUGGCAGACAAGAAGAGAAUUAAAUUAAAGAAAAUACUGUUACUAACGGCGUUAAGUAAUGAGUUGGGGCUCUUGCAUACUCAAAGGAGGGUACGACGGUGGGCAGUAAGACCUGUUAACAAAUAUAGGAGAAAUUUGGAACAGAUGGUUUUCUCCGCACUUCGCACGCCCGACUACAAACAACUGCGUACAAAGUUUAAAUUCUGCGAACUUCUGCGUCUCCUACAGACAAGCAUAUUUGCGGCAACCUACGUUUUGUAUUUGUGCGUUCAAGCGUAAACAAGGCCGUAUAUCAACAUGGCCUCGAACUACCUGCGGCUGCGACUUUCUGCAGCAGCGCCGUUCUGCGUACGAGCCUAAAUCCGCCUAUAGACUACGCCGGACGAAAGGUGACUGAUAAGUGCAAUGCUGCACGUUGAAACAAAUUUUCGUGUGACAAGCUGGCGGCCAUAUUCUCGUACAAUGAAGGUACGCCACUGGUCAAGGAACACAAACAGCUGAUGUAAAUGUAAUUGUAAGCAGUUUUGUGCACCGAGAAUAUGGCCGCCACACGAAAAUUGGCCUCAGUAAUUGAUCAUUUAGCCAAAAGUAAAAGUAUCUGCCCUAAGGCUAUCGCUACAAAAACCAUUGCUCCGCCCUUUACCAGUACUUGAGCUACAGCGAGUGCUUUAUUUACGUCUGUAAGCCAUGUUAAAUAUGUAAGCUGAUAUGGACGGAAAAGAUGUCAUACCACUCAUUAAAAUCGAACCAAAACAUGAAGAAGAAAUCUAUUCUGAUCUUGAAGGAACCAUUGUAGUAAGCAACGAAGAGUGGGUUACAAUAAAGGACGAAAUUACUGGACAGUGCUCCAAAUCGCUCGACAAUGAAGCAGUACAACAACAAACUGAUUGUGGAUGGAAUAUUAAAACUCAAAUUUCCAACCAUUUUGAAUGUGACUUUGGUCAACACCCAACAAAUGGAAAGCUGCAAGUUAAACAACAUCUUUUCAAGCAUAAUGUUUCUGAAGCCUUUAACUAUGCUCAUUGUGAAGAUGAACCAAAAGAUAAGCAAUUGCAAAAUGUACUAGAAUGUGCUAAUUGUGAUUACAAGACAAAUAUCAAACACAACUUAAGACGACACCUUUUAAAGCAUAAAGAUUAUAAAGAUUUUAAAUGUGCUAAUUGCGAUUACGAGACAAACAUUACCUCCCACUUUAAACGACAUCUUUUAAUACAUAUCGAUUCUAAAAAAUUUAAAUGUGCUUGUUGUGAUUAUAAGACAAAUGAUAAAUCGUGCUUUAGACGACACCUUUUAAAACAUAUUGAUUGUAACGUUUUUAAAUGUGCUAAUUGUGAUUACAAUACAAAUGACAAACAUUACUUCAAACAACAUCUUUUAAAACAUACCAAUUUUAACGAUUUUAAAUGUGCUCAUUGUAAUUACAAGACAUAUUUGAAAUCCCGUUUUAAACACCACCUUUUAACACAUACCGUUUCUAAAGAAUUUAAAUGUACUAAUUGUGAUUAUGAGACCAAUCAUAAAUACUGCUUUAAACGACACCUUUUAAAACAUACCGAUUCUAAAGAAUUUAAAUGCGCUAAUUGUGAUUAUGAGACAUAUGACAAAUACUACUUGAAACAACACUUUUUAAGACAUACAGGUCCUAAAGAUUUUCAAUCUGCCAAUUGUAAUUACAAGACAUAUAAGAAAUCCUACUUUCAACGACACCUUUCACAUACCAAUUCUAACGAUUUGAAAUGUGCUAAUUGUGAUUAUGAGACAAAAGACAAACGCCAUUUGAAACAACACCUUUUAAAACAUAGCGAUUCUAAAGAAUUUAAGUGUGCUAAUUGUGAUUACGAGACAAAUGACAAACACUACUUUAAACGACACCUCUUGAAACAUACUGAUUCUAAAGAUUUUAAAUGUGCUAAGUGUGAUUACGAGACAUAUGAUAAACAAUACUUUAAACUACAUCUUUUAAAACAUGCCGAUUCGAAAAAAUGUAAAUGUCCUAAUUGUGACUAUGAGACAAAUGACAAACGCUACUUUAAACAACAUCUUUUGAUACAUACCAAGUUUAAAGAUUUUAAAUGUAAUAAUUGUGAUUAUGAGACAAAUACUAAAUAUUGCUUUAAAAGACACCUUUUAAAACACACCGAUUGUAAAGAAUUGAAAUGUCCUAAUUGUGAUUACGAAACAAGUGACAAACAAUAUUUUAAACGACACCUUUUAAAACAUAAAGGAUCUAAAGAUUUUAAAUGUACCAGUUGUCAAUAUAGAACAAGUACUAAACAACAGCUUAAGCGACACCUUUUAAAACAUACUGUUUCUAAAGAAUUUAAAUGUGCUAAUUGUGAUUACGAGACAAGUGACAAACAGUACUUUAAAAGACACCUUUUAAAACAUAACGUGUCUUAAGUUGUUUAAUGUGCUAAUUGCAAGUGUAAAACAACCACGAACUUAUAAAUUAAGAUGGACUGCUGAUGAAACAGUUGCGUAGAGGUAGAAACGGCAUGGGCGCGGCCAUGAUGUGCACAUUUUAGUUAUUUUCUAAGGGAAUUUUCCUAGUGCUCAAGUUUUGAGACUAUUGCAGCCUUGGAAAUUAACAUAUGUAACAGUAAUUUAUUUAGAAAACGUGAGGUUAAUGCUUGUUUAUUAGUUGAUUUGAAUUUUGCGCCAAGCGAGUGCACAUCUUGGCUGCCCCCAUGUAGGUGUCAUUUGUCAAUUCAGCAUUAGCAGUCCAUCUUAAUUUAUAAGUUCGUGAAAACAACACAUGUUUUUAGAAGGAACACAUUUCUCUUUAAGUUAAAUAUUAAUUCUGUAGUGUGUGGUGGUGUCAUGUAACUUAGGUUAAUAACGUUCAAACGUUAAGUGUCGAUUAUCUCAGAGCAAGACAUAAAAAUAGAGGUCUUUAAACGUAACUUCUUCAUGCAUAUCACUUUUUCUAGUUUUAUUCGAUUGCUUUAUAGUUUAUUGGAGUCCUAUGAAAAAGGGGAAGAGGUGCAUUACUUAUAGAAUAUGCAUAUGGGAUCUAACAUAACAAAAAAAUAUAUUAUCUAUUUUUCUCUUGCUCCAAGAUUUUUUUAACUUUCUUCUCAAAGUUCUAGCUCUUAAGAAGAUAUCAUAAUUAGUUGCUGAAACUUGUUGAUUUAAGGUAAUUGUUUAAAGAUAAAUAUCACAUUUUUUGAUUUAUACUUAAGUAUUGAUUUUAACUAACAAAAUUGUAUAUUCCCUCCGUUUACCAGUUAUACAGAGCCUUCACUUCAAAAUGAACCGCCGAUUGUAAUUGGCAGUUUUGAUAAAAAUCAAAAAUUAACUACCAUUGAGAUAGUUAGGGGAAAGUUUAUGAUGGAACGUUGACCUUAGUCAUAGUAGUAGUAGUGGGGGGAAGAUUUCUCUGCGGCUUGGGAGUUUUACUUUCGUUUCCAGGUUUUGGGAUCCGAGAACUGAGCUCACUUCUUGGCGUCAACGUUUAAUUUUAUGUAAGGUAAGCGUUGCCUUAUAUGGUUUACUUGUACUUUGCCGUAUACGUGCGAAUUUGUGCCCGGAGUAUCAAUUUAUUGGUGGAAAAUUGCGGCCAGAUUCAGUAAUUAGUUUGGUAAUGGAUUAUUCUUGAGUGAAGGUUUGCUAAACUGGAAAAAUUUUCAAUUGCACAGAUACUCAGAUUUGUAUAUAUCAUAAACAUUGGUAAGUGCAGCGAAGAUCAUUUUACCCAGAAAAUAAAAAUAUCUUGUAAAGAUUGUAAUCAUGUAUGUAGGUAUUGUAUUGGGCAAACCAAAAAGAUCAUUGAAAAUUCGUUCAAAUUCAUUUUUCCCAUGGGGAACAGCUCCUACUAGAAUAUUUUCCUAUGCAGUCGAGAAUCGCGCGACCCUAGAGUUCGUUUAUGGAUGCACUAGAACCGUAUCGUU